GGGCUACGGCUACGUACUGGAGAGUGGAACCGGUCCCGUAUAUGUCCUGGAACGAAUAUUGUUUGGUUUUAAAUAUUUUGCGAAUUAAUUUGUAUUUCUAUGAACUUUGCGACAAAGUGAGGUUGCGCCUCUUCUCCAAUCCAAACCGGAAUGUCGGAUGAGGAUUCCCGAGCCAGCACCAGCUCUUCCUCAUCUCCGCCUUCCUCCAGCCAAAGCAGACAUCCAAAUCAAGCACGGUCUCAAUCUCGUUAUCUGUUGAUGACGAUGACAAAUAAAUCUUAUCUUAUCUCUUAUCUUAUGUCUUCUGUGUGCAGGAUUCAGAAAGAGCUGGCUGACAUUACACUGGACCCUCCACCAAACUGCAGUGCUGGUCCAAAAGGAGACAACAUCUACGAGUGGAGGUCGACCAUCCUGGGCCCUCCGGGCUCCGUGUACGAGGGAGGAGUCUUCUUCCUGGACAUCGCCUUCACUCCUGACUACCCAUUCAAACCCCCAAAGGUAACGUUUCGCACGAGGAUCUAUCACUGCAACAUCAACAGUCAGGGAGUGAUCUGUCUGGACAUCCUGAAGGACAACUGGAGCCCCGCCCUCACCAUCUCCAAGGUGCUGCUGUCCAUCUGCUCCCUGCUCACAGACUGUAACCCAGCUGAUCCACUGGUGGGAAGCAUCGCCACGCAGUACACGACCAACAGAGCCGAACAUGACCGAACAGCCAAACAGUGGACAAAACGAUACGCCACAUAAACCCACCGGGCGCCAGUGGGAGGAAGAGGGCUGGGGUGGGGGGUGAUCUGUGUUGUUUGUGACGGGGUUAUUUUUAUCUCAUAUUUUUAGUACUUUGUCGGCUACAUUUCUUUUGCUUCCUGGUUAAGUUAUCGUUGUGAACAUGGUAAUAAAGGAACACAAUGGAACGUCUCA